AUGAAUAAACUUCCAUUUGAAACAAUAUUUAGAAUAUUUGAUUUUUUGGAUAAUAAAUCAAUGUUAUAUUUUGCAUUAUCAUGUAGUUUUUAUAAAAGAAGAUUUGAUGAAUAUAUAUUUCCUCAAGUUAAACGUGAUGUAUGGGUACGACAUACAGUCAAUUAUAGCAUUUAUCCACAAGAGUUAAAAGCAACAACAAUAUAUUUACCAAAAACAAAAAAAGCAAAAAGAUCAUUUGUUGAAUUUUCUGGUGAUCAAUUACCAUGUGAUGGAUGUAUUAAAAAAAAAAGACAUGGAUGGUGUGAUUUUAAGAAACGAUGUGAACAUUGUAUAUUAGAUGGAAUUAAAUGUGUAUGCACAAGUAAAAGUAUUCGAAAACCUUUAAGUAGAGAUGGAAAAGAAAAUUAUUAUUGUGUUUCACCUUAUAAUCGAGGAGAAAAAUUAAUAGCAGUACGUAAAUGGGAAGUUGGAACGAGACAAUGUGACAAAUGUAAUUUUUAUAAAAAAUGUGGUCAGAUGCCUGUAUUUAGUGAAUGUAAUAUUCCUUCAUGUAAUUUAUAUUUUAAAGAUGAAAAAGAAUUAGAAGAACAAAAACAAUUUAAUGAUUUUGAAUUAUAUCAAAUGAUUCAACCUAAACAACCUAAACAACCUGAUUUCAAUAUUCCUAAUAAAAAUGAUUUUUCACAAGUUGAAGUAAUAUUUGAUAUGGAAGAUAUACGUAUUAAUAAACCACCAUUAUUAGAUAAUUCAUUUUCAGAAUUACGUCGUUUAUUAACAGAUAUGAAUAAUGAAAUGCUUUUGAAUAAUUUAGCUAAUAAUGAUUUUUGGGAUUAUGCAAUUAAACAAAAGUUAUUAAAUGGAAAUUAUGCUAUUAAUUGGAAUUCUUUAUCAUCAAAUUAUAAAAUGAUGACUCAUUUAUAUAAGGAAGCAUUAUAUUAUAGAAAAAUGAUGGAACAAGUACCUGAUGAUCCACAAAUGGAUUUUGAAUAUACUAAAAAAUUGCAAGAUACUAAUGAAUUAUUACCUUUUGUAUCUAGAGAUACUAUAGUAAAAACACUUAAUAAAGUAAAAGAAACAUUUAAUUUAAUGUAUCAAACAUUUAGAUCAGCAACAGAUUUACGACGAGCAAAAGAACUUUAUAUAUUAUGGAAUACAAAUAUUGAUAGAACUUUUAUUGAUGAUAAUUUUUUUCAAUAUAAAACAAAAACAUCUCAAUAUUUAGCAAUGUUGUUUGCAGAAUGGAUAAAUCAUAAUGUUGAAUCAGGAACAAAUAUUGAUUUAUUAAAUGAUAUUCCUGAAUCUAUAGUUGGUAGUAGACGUCGAAGAGAAGAUGAUAGUAGUAAUGAUGAUCAACAAAGACCAAAACGAUGUCCAAGAACAAAUUAA